AUGACUGGAGGUGAGGUGGAGGAAAACUACCCUAUCCCUGAACCAGGCCCAAAUGAGGUGCUGCUAAAGAUGCAUUCAGUUGGCAUCUGCGGCUCCGACGUCCACUACUGGCAGCACGGUCGAAUUGGGGAUUUCGUUGUGAAAAAGCCAAUGGUGCUGGGACACGAAGCUUCGGGAACAGUCGUCAAAGUGGGACCGUUGGUAAAGCACCUGAAACCAGGUGAUCGUGUUGCGAUUGAGCCUGGUGCUCCCCGAGAAACUGAUGAAUUUUGCAAGAUUGGCAGAUACAACCUGUCACCAACCAUCUUCUUCUGUGCUACACCCCCUGAUGACGGAAACCUCUGCCGCUUCUACAAGCACAAUGCCAACUUCUGCUACAAGCUUCCUGACAAUGUCACCUUUGAGGAAGGGGCCCUCAUUGAGCCACUGUCUGUGGGGAUCCAUGCCUGCCGGCGAGCUGGAGUCACCCUGGGCAACAGGGUCUUUGUGUGUGGAGCUGGGCCAAUUGGACUUGUCACUUUGCUCGUGGCCAAGGCAAUGGGAGCGGCUCAAGUGGUGGUGACUGAUCUGUCUGCCUCUCGGUUGUCCAAAGCCAAGGAAGUUGGGGCAGAUCUCAUCCUCCAGAUCUCCAAAGAGAGCCCUCAGGAAAUCGCCAGUAAAGUGGAAAGUCUGCUGGGGUGCAAGCCGGAAAUCACCAUCGAGUGCACGGGGGCGGAGGCUGCCGUCCAGGCAGGCAUCUACGUGAGCGGGACGAGGGCACUGGGGCUGGUGGGCAGCUUUGGGGAAGCAGUGUAG